AUGAGUUAUCUAUAAGAAUAGGGGAUCAAUCAAAAAAGAUAUGAAUUUAGAGCCAAAUCUGAGAAUAUCUAUAGAAAUAAAUCCAUUAAUAUUAUGAAUAAAUAAUUAGAAAAAGAGAAGACUUUUAAAUUAGUAUAAUAAUAGAAUUAAAUUGAAUUACAAUAAAAAUUGUAAAAAUUGAAUGAAAAAUGGUAGACAUAAUAGAAUUAAGGGCCCUAAAAGCUGAUUAAUUAAUACAAUCUUAUUUUUCAUUAUUAGAAUAGAAAAUUACAUAAAGAGAUUAAAGAUUAUAAGAUUAAAUGUAAAUUUAUUUUAAAAUGAAAGAUUUUGAAUCAAAAUAAUUUGGAAAUACAAAGAAAAGGAUUAAAGUAAUUGAAGGUAUGGAGAGAUAAAAACGUGAUCUCUUAUUUAUUUUAGAAUAAGAUAAAGUUUCUUUUACAAAUACAUCUGAAAUGAAAUAUUUGUAUAGCACUCCAAAAUAAUAGCAAUCUAAAUUGUUUAUUACAUUAUUAUAGAUUUACAUAUUUAAAUAAAUGAGAAAAAUUGUAUAUAUAUUUUCAAGAGCUACCUAUCUUGAUUUCUAAGCAACAACUCCAACAUAUGCAUAGUAAAGCCCAUUCAUUUGGAUGGGAAACUGAAAAAAGCUUUGGAAAAGCAAGAUCUUAAGUAAAAUAUAGAAACUAUUAAAUAGAUAGCAACAUUAUUCAAUAAUUAUUUACAUCAAGAGCUACUGAAAGUAAUAAUGCUGAAUUAAAUGGUUUAUACGGAUUUUAUGGAAAAUCAAAGAAUCAUAUAAUUACAACUCAGACUGAACAAAAAUGUGUUUUAGAUACUUGUAGAUAUGAGGAGGAUAAAGGAGUAGAAGUAACAUAUAUGCCAGUUAAUUUUAAAAGUUUAAUAUCAUUGAAACAAUUAUAAGAAUCAAUUUAAUCCAAUGCUUUAUGUGCGAGUGUAAUGCUUGUAAAUAAUGAAAUUGGAGUCAUAUAAAAUUUAAAAGAAAUAAGUAGAAUGUGUCAUGAAAGAGGAGUGUAUGUUCAUUCUGAUUUGCAUAAGCUAUAGCAAAGAUAUCUGUUAAUGUUUAAGAUCUAGAUAUAGAUUUAAGUAUAAAUCAACUUUUUUCAUUAUUUUUUAUAAUUUUAAAAUAUAAUUUAUUCGUGUGUAGUAUUUCAGCUCAUAAAUUCUAUUGUGCAAAAGGAAUUGGAGCAUUAUAUGUUAGUAGAAAACCUAGAGUUAGAUUGUAACAAAUAAUACAUGGAGUAGGUUAAGAAAGAAGAUUAAGAAUAGGUACUUAAGAACCACAUUUAUGUGUUGGAUUUGUUAAAGCAGUUGAAAUAGCGUAGCAUGAAUUAUCUUACGACAUUUAGCAUGUUGAAAAAUUAUAUAAUAAACUAAUAAAUUUAUUUUAAAAGAAUUUUAUUUGAAUUUUUUAAUUCAUUAUUUUCUUUUAAGAGAAUAAUUACUUUAAAAUUUUAAUAAAAUUAAAUAAGAAUAAUUAAAGAUUAAUUAAAAAAUUAAAUCUUUAAUUAAGUGUAAGGAAAUAAAAGAAAAGAUUUCUUAAAUUCAAAUUAGUGGAUCUUUAAAACAUCGGUAUAAAGGAAAUUUGAAUGUUUCUUUUGCUUUUGUUGAAGGGCAUCAUCUGGAUCUACAUGUGCAUCAGCAUCUCUCGAACCUUUUUAUAUAUUAAGAGCUUUAGAUGUUUAAGAAGAUAUGGCUCAUACUAGUCUUAGAAUUGGUAUUGGGUAUAUAUCUAAUGAUUAUUUAAUUAGUCGAUUUACUACAGAAGCAGAAAAAAAAAAAGUUGAUUUUUUUCUUAAUUAAUUGAGGUAAGUUGUAAGAAAAUUAAGAGAAAUAUCACCUUUAUGGGAAAUGCAUUAAGAUAGAAUUGAUAUUAAUAAAAUAAAAUGUACUCAACCACAUUGA